AUAAAAUUCCCUCGUAAAACCUCCCAAAGUCUUUAUCCUCUAGGGUUUUUGACGUACUCGACAGACCAUAAUCUCAGCAGCAACAAUGGCGGAAUCAAUUUGCAGAGCAUUACGGGACGGAGCCCUAGAAGGUGAACACGCGCCUGCUCUCACAAUCAAGGACUCCAUGGUUUCUCCCUUCGGCUUCCACGUGUUUUGUCACGUGCUCUCCCAGCUCUCCUCUUUCAUUUUAGCCGGAAAAUCACAGUCAGGAGGGCUUGUCGUUGUUUCGUUUUCCCGGAGUCCCUCGUUUUAUUUGGAGUUGUUGAAAAACAAAGGAAUCGACGUCGUUUCCUCGGAUAAACGGAUUCAAAUUUUGGAUUGUUAUAGUGAUCCUCUUGGUUGGAAGGACCGGUUAAUCGAGGCUGGAAACUUUACGGCUCUUUCUCAUGAAGCUUCGAAUUCAAGUACUGCUAAUGUUCUUAAGGAUGUGAAACAUAUGGAUAAGUUGUACAAUUCAAUUGUUGAACGUGGCAAAGGACUGAUAGGAGGUGGGAAAAACCGGUUUUCUGUUGCCAUAGACUCGGUAGAUGAAAUGUCGAGACAUGCCUCUACGUCAUCAGUUGCAGGCCUGUUAAGCAAUCUUCGUAGCCAUGAUCAGGUUUCCAGUAUCUUUUGGUUAUUACAUUCAGACCUUCACGAGGCCAGGGUUGCAGCUGUUCUUGAAUAUUUGUCAUCUAUGGUGACCAGUUUAGAACCAUUGCAUCAACCAGCAAAUGGACACAGAGGUGAUUUGGAAAAUUUAUCUUUGAUUGAGCAUAACUUAAAGAAAGGAAAGUUUCAUGUUAGAAUUAAGCGGAGAAAUGGACGUGUCCGUGUGAUGUCAGAAGAAGUUCACAUUGAGCAGUCAGGCAUCAGCUUUACAUCUUUGUCAUCUGAAGGAGCAAUUAAUCAAGGUCUUGUGCCAAAGGUGCAGUUCAGUCUAGAGUUGUCAGAGAAAGAGCGAAUUGAUAGGGCUAAUGUUGUACUUCCUUUUGAGCACCAAGGUAAUGGUAAACCCAUACAAAUUUAUGAUGGCCGAAGAUCUCUGGCGGAUCGCAAACAUGAGAGACAAGUUGCUGCAACGGAAAAAGUGCAGACCAAUGAGGAGUCUGGCGGGGGUGAGAUUAUAUAUUUCCGUGAUUCAGAUGAUGAGAUGCCAGAUUCUGAUGAAGACCCAGAUGAUGACUUGGAUAUCUGAUUGUGCUUGCCCGAUCUGUAAUUUUGAAUUCAUGCCUGGCAUUGCAAAUUGGUAAAUGUUCUUUACAAGUAUGGAAAGGCUCAGAAUUUUGUUGUCAAUGUGGUCACUCUGUAGUCUCAAGAAGAGGCUGCUAGGGCACCCUGUCACAGUGUCACUGGUCGAGAGUAGAACUGGAGAGUCCAAAAGCCAGUAUUUGAUGCCCAAACUGACAGUGAAAGUGACCCAGGACGCCAGCUGGUGAGGAUGCAGGGUGCGUAUGAUUAGCAUCGUCCUCAACCACAACCCUUUGUAAGUCACUUCAUCUAGUGUUUCACCUGGUUAAUGACACCAAAGACUUGAUGACCCCGCCUCAAAGCCCAGAAACCCUGAGGAGGGAUACGAGACGAAUGACUAAAUGAGAUUAACAAGAUUAAUCUUUUGUUUUGGGAAAAAAAACCAAUAUUGUAUCUCUUUCUUUGGGUUAAUAAAAUGACUUUUUUUCUUGUG